UGAGUAUGUCAACUUCAUUGGAAAGUUAAAUAUUAUUAGCCAUUUGGACUAUGUAUUAACGCAAUCAGAUUUCAAUGGAAUAAAAAGGAUGCAUAAAGGGUAAAUAUCAACUUUAUAUCAAGAUUUGUUAAUUAGAAAGGAUAAUAAUUUAUACUCAACUAUUUAUCAUUGCAAAAGAUAAGAUCAAAUUGAGGAAGGGUUGCUUGACAUUUUGAAUUGUAUUUAUAAUCAAUUUGGUUUGAUUAGGGUUCUCCAAGAGAUAUGGAUUCUGAAGAAAACACAUAUCCAAUUUUCAGAUUAAGCAAUUAAUCUAGUUCUCCUACAACUACAUAAUCCCAAUUUCAUUACCCUGAGAAAAGGUUCCGAUUUAAGAGUUCAAAUAAUGAAAGCGACCCUUCUUAGAAUAUCCUUAGAAUUCGAUCUAGCUCUUAUCAUCAUAAAUGAAUUUUUAUUUUUGUAUAAUCAUCUCAAACUUUAACUAAAUCUGAUAUUCAUUUUAUGCAUUUUCCAAACAUAAAACUGCUCUAUUCAGUUAAUCAAUCACUGUAUUUAAGAACUAUUAAUUCUUAUUAUAAUAAUUAUUAGUUUUUUCGUAAUCAUAUUAUUACACUGUUAAGUUCUAUAUAAAUAAUUUCUUUUACAAAAUAACUAUAUAUCUAUUCAUAAUAAACAAAUAAUGACUUCAAAAAUAAAUAAAUAUUAAUUUAUCAUUUCAAAUUCAUAUGGAAUUUUUAUUAUUAAACUUAAAAUUAACAAAGUUAUUUAUCCUAAUAGAGAAGAUAAAGAAAACUAAUUCCUAUUCCUUGAUAUAAACAAGUACUCAGCCCAUGAAAUCCUAAGAAUCAGUUAUGCGAGGACAAAUACACAUUUUAGAAGUAAACCUUCUGAUAUUGUUGUUUACCAAAUAAAUCUAGAGGUAGUUCAUACUUCAUAAUAGCUAGCCAAAUAAGAUGUGUCUAUGUUAUUAAAAUGUCUUAAGAGGAACUUAAUGAAGUAAAAAUUACAAAACAACUGUUGCAAUAAUUUACUAAUAAAAUGGAUAUAUUAAUUCUCUUUUAUUUGUUUACUUGCUACCAUUAAGUUAGCAUAAAUUAUUAAGAAUUUUAACUUAAUACAUAAUGCACAUAGAUUUUUUUGA